AUGGGUGAAUCUUGCCAAGUUUUGUCAAAUUCUUCAUGUACAUCGAAGAUAUCUAAUACAAGAUCUAACGAUACUAAUAACAAUAAUAAUAUGUCUGAAUUUUGGAGCUAUACACAUGGUGCUUCUAAUAUACCAUUGAUGUUUAAUACAACUGGAAAUUUAUUAAGACAAACUGCUAAAAUGAACCCUGACAAAGAAUUUGUCAUCUUUAAAAGAGAAGGCCUCAGAAAGACAUACAAAGAAGUUUUGGAUGAUAGUGAAAAAUUAGCUUUAGGCUUGAUUCACUUAGGAUUACAAAAAGGAGAUCGUAUUGGUAUAUGGGCUCCAAAUCAUUAUGUUUGGAUUGUAACACAAUUUGCUUCUGCUUUAUCAGGUCUUAUACUUGUUAAUGUCAAUCCAUUUUAUCAAACUGAAGAAUUAAAAUAUGCGAUUGAUAAAGUAGGGAUUAAAGCAAUUAUUGCUCCACCUUGUUUUAAAAAAUCAAAUUAUUAUUUUAUUAUUUCUGAAAUUAUUCCAGAAAUUAGAGAAUUACCAAAAGGAUGUGGUAAGAUUGUUACACAUGAUUUCCCAAAGUUUGAACAUCUUAUUAUUUAUUCUAAUGAAGAUAUUAGUUUAAAUGGUGCAUGGAAUUAUGAUGAUGUUUGCAAGAUGUGGACAAUUGAGGAUAAAAAAAAACUAUCAAUUAUAGAAAUGGAUAUAUGUCCAGAUGAUGCAGCAAAUAUUCAAUAUACAAGUGGUACAACUGGUUCACCUAAAGGUGCUACAUUAAGUCAUCAUAAUAUUAUUAAUAAUGCACUUUUUGUUGGGAUAAGAGCUGGAUAUCAAAAUUCAGAAUCAAUCAUAUGUAUACCAAAUCCACUUUAUCAUUGUUUUGGUUGUGUUAUGGGAGUUAUGGCAGCAUUAAUUCACCAACAAACAUGUGUAUUUCCUUCACCUUCAUUUGAGUCAUUAGCUGCACUUCAAGCAAUACACGAAGAAAGGUGUACUGCAGUUUAUGGAACACCAACAAUGUACAUAGAUAUGAUAAAUCAUCCAAAUUUUAAAGAUUAUGAUUACAGUACUAUAAAAUCUGGUAUUGUAGCAGGUGCACCAUGUCCAAUUGCUUUAUGUCAAAAAUUAGUAAUUGAAUUGGGAAUGGAGGAUUUAGCAGUUUGUUAUGGUACAACAGAAACAAGUCCUGUUUCAUACAUGUCAUUAUUACGAGAUCCACCAGAAGAUAGAAUUCAAUCGGUUGGUUAUAUAAUGGAUCAUUUAGAGUCAAUGUUAGUUGACAAUAAUGGUAAAAUAACUAAACGUGGAGAGAAAGGUGAAAUUUUAGUUCGUGGAUAUUCUGUUAUGCUUGGAUAUUGGGGAUCUGAGGAACAAACUAAAAAAGAAAUAACACCAGAUAGGUGGUAUCAUACGGGUGAUAUUGGUGUGAUGCAUGCCAAUGGAACUGUAACAAUAGUUGGUCGUUCCAAAGACAUGAUUGUUCGUGGUGGAGAAAAUAUCUAUCCAACAGAAAUUGAACAAUUUCUUUUUAGACAUCCACAAAUUGAGAAUGUUGCAGUUGUCGGUGUACCAGAUGAAAGAAUGGGAGAAGCUAUAUGUGCUUGGAUAAGGCAAAAAGACAAUGUACCAGAUGAUAAAAAGUUAACAGAUGAAGAUGUUAAACAGUAUUGCCGUGGAAAAAUUGCACAUUUUAAAAUUCCUAAAUAUAUAUUAUUUAAGAAAGAAAAAGAAUUUCCAAAAACAGUUACUGGAAAAGUUAAGAAAUUUGAAAUUAAAGAAAGAUCAAUUUUUGAAUUAGGAUUACAAAAUGUAUCUUAUCAUUACACUGAAUAUUACUGA